GUCUACAUGGUGAGGUUUGGAACCGUCAAUUCAGUUGUGCACUUAUCACCAUGGUUGAGACCCGUAGUGGGACGAGUACUAGCCCCUAUACUCAAAAGCAGCAAGAGAAGAUGGUCGCCUUAGUGAGAGAGAAUAGGGAGAGGAAAGAGCUCCAGAAACAGGCGAAGCUAAAGGCAAUCACAGAGGAGCAGGCAGCGAAGAUGAAGAAAUUGGAGGAGGAGAUGAAGAGAGUUCAGCAGGAGGAGGAAGAGAGGAGAAAAGCUGCCAAAGAGGAAGCAGCAGCAGGAGAAGAAAAAGAGAGAAAGCGUAUUGAAGGAAGAGAGGAGAGUAGUGGCACGAAGAGGGAUGAAGAUGCAGAGAUGGAGAAGAAGAUUAGCGGGUGGAUAGCUAACUUAUCGUUGGGGGAAGAUGAGGAGGCGGAGUUUUAUGUGCCCCAGGAUGAGAGAGAUGCGUUAGCCAGCGAGCUAGCGACACUCGAGGACCCCCUGGAACGGCAAGAAAGGGAAGAAGAAAAGAAGUUGGAGUGGAAACUGAGAAUGAAGAGGGAAAAGAAGAGGAGGAGGGAUGAAGUUAAUAGACUGACCACAGAGGUGGCGAAGGUGAAAGAUUGUACACAAGAGGUACAAGCGCAGACAGACAUCUCGGCCAAAAUGGAUAAGAUGUUGGGGUACCUGGAGGUGUUGAGUGCGGCUUGGAUGGAGGAACGUCAAGCCAACAGGGCUCAAGAGGUAUCAGUGAGUGCCAUGCGGUCAGGAUUUAGAGAUUUCGCGCGCGAUAUGGUCACCCACGUUGGAGGCGAAGUUAGGCGAUUGAGGGACAACGUGGGGAAGUUCUGUGAGGGCGCCAUCGAGGGUGCCAAAGCGGUAGCCAUUGUCGAUAGUGAGGCUAGGCCUCGCAAAGAGUUCAUCAAACUGAAAUUCCCAGAUGCAUACGGCGGGAAGAGGGAGGAGAAUUUCGAUAACUGGGAGGCAAGCGUCGACAGCUAUAUAUACUUACAACACAUCUUGACUGAGGAGCAAGUCCUCAUCGCCUCCUAGGCCCUCAAGGACGAGGCGGCUAGCUUUGCUAGAUCCCUUGCGCUCGCAGCCGGUUGUGAAAACAACCUGGUUGCAUAUUCUA